CCAAACAGAGGCAAAUUUGAAUGUGUGUUCAUUGAUCGGCUGCAAAUACUGACAAUACUCCACAGAAUCAAUGUGCGGUAGACCUGACAUCAUUUAGAUGGAAUGAUUUCAAGCAGCAACUGAGUAUUCAUCAGCAGCAAACAACAUGUCUGCAAGAAGAAGGCUCAAAGAGUUGACAGGACCAGAAGAUUUUGAAGAUGGUGUCUUAUUUGCUGACAGCCCAGCUGAGAAAGCAGUCCAAGAAAACUCAAAGCGAGAACGAAGGCGUCGUAAAAUCAUCAAAGAACUUUUUGAAACAGAGAAGGCAUAUCUGAAUCAUCUGGAUGUUAUUCACAAAUUUUUCUACUUCCCCCUGCAGUUCAACUGCAUUAUUCCAGAAGAUGCCCAUUCACACUUGUUUAGCAAUAUUGAGCAAAUCAGAGAUGUCAACCGCACCCUGCUGGAACUGAUGGAGCAAAGCACAGUGGGUCAGGCUUUUCGUCACCUGGGCCCAUUCCUCAAAUUGUAUGCAACAUAUGCCAACAACCACGAGCAGGCUUUAGCUGUACUACAGGAAUGGACACAGAAAAAGCCAGAAUUUGUAGAGUUCAUUGCAAAACAAGAAUCACGACCUGAAAUAAUGGGACUGAGGAUAAAUGCGCUGCUUAUCACGCCUGUGCAACGAAUACCCAGAUACAAGCUGCUUCUCGAGGACCUUCUGGAACAUACUCCAAUUGAUCACCAUGACUAUCUACAACUGAAAGAGGCCACACAACAAAUUGGAGAAAUUGCAAUGUACAUCAAUGAACACAUUAGACAGCAUGAGAAUUUUCAAAAGAUGUUGGCCAUACAGAAAUGUUUUGACAGCUCUGCUCCCAAGAUACUGCAGCCUGGACGUUUGUUUCUAAAAGAAGGGCAACUGAAAAAGGUUGCCCGCAAAGGAGGAAAAUACCAUGAAAGAAUGUUUUUCCUUUUCAAUGACAUGUUGUUAUAUGGAAAGCCAAAACUGCUGGACAGUGGUGGCAAAAGCUACAUCUGUUGUUGUGUCCUUCCAAUUAAACACUGUCGUCUUGAGGUGUUUGUAACAAAUAUCAAACAGUCAAGUGACAGCGGUGGAGGUGUAUUCAAGGUUACCUGUAAGGAAGAAAGUUUGGUGCUAUUUUCGGAAGACACAGGUGUGGCACAGUCUUGGAGUGAUGCCAUCGAAAAGGCCAUCCGACAAGCCAAUGCUGACAGGCAGACACUAAGAAAACCCAGCAGUAACAAGAUACCUCUACGGGGACGUUCAUUACGUAAACACCGACAGCAACAAAAGAAAUCGAAUGUGGAGAUGACACCUGUAAACCAUCAUGUGCCAAGCAGACAAGACGAGAGCAAAGACUGCUGCUCCCCACACCUGCGCCAGCGCUUACAACCCUUUCAAGCUCGUCUCCAAAACAUUUACAGUAAUUUUCCAGCUGCUUGCGCUUCUCCUCCAAAGCCAAAAGUGAACCGCUCAUCUGUCAUUUCAGAAGGAUCAGAGACUACUGCCAAUCUUAGCUCUAGAGUGUCAGAAAACAGCCAGUCCAACUUGGUGCACAUAGAAGAUGGCAACACCUUUGAUGUUUAUGCAACGCAUCAGGAUUUGGACAGUAUGGCUGGGGAUUUUUCACCUAAGAUCAAUGGUGUCAAUGCAUCUCUUGGUUCAACAAUGUCUACCGCAACAGGAGUAGAGAUCUACUACCCUCAUGGAAGCGUUUUGUCAUUAAACACAACACAGCCACGAGUGUCCGUGAGGUCUAAACUCAAAUCAUAUCUGAGGAAACCAUUUACCAGACGUCAGAGAGCACAUCAGCAGACAAACAACCACUGUUCACCACCGCCACAGAGAAACAAACCACAAUCUCGACAGAAUAGAUGAAGUUUUCUGAUUUUAAAAAAGAAUUUUACUUCGGACAUUACUGGCAUUAGCUGUAAAAAAAAUAUCUUUAUUUUUAUAAAACUGGGGAGAGGAUGAUAAAUGAUAGCCCAGUGUGCAACAUGAAUAUGUUUUCAAAUAAGAAUAAUUUGAUUGCUGUGAUGAUAAUUUUGGGGCUCUUCUUCUUUAAAAUGUAUUUAAUUUUUCGUGUUCUAGUUAAUCAGGCUAAAACAACAUAAUUUCCAUCACUGUUAUUGAUGUCUCAAAUUUUGUCAUGAAGAAUUAAUAUUUUGCUUGGAAUGCAUCAGUUCCUGCAGCAAAUUUGUUGAGCUGCUGAAAUUGUAUUUUUAACGUAUUCUUAUUACUGUGGAAUUUUUGCAAUGUGUAAUCUUUGGAUUGUUUUUUAAUUAUAGUCAUAAUCCGUAUUUGUUGAGUGUCAAACCUCAUCUAUUCUUUACUUCAUGUUGCAUCUUUUUCAACUUUCCUCAAAAAUCCUUCAGUUCUGGCAUUUAGCAGACAUUGCAUUUUGCUGUCAAUCUUCUUCGGAAAACCUACAACAAAAGUAGACAUGAGAACAGAUUAAUGUCCUUUGACCUCGUUAACUUAACUAAUUUCUGUGUGUCCUUUUUUUUUUAAGCCUGUAAGUGUCAGUGUGAAUAACUUUAAUUUUCAUUAUGCCUAACACAACUUUUUUUAUUAACAUUUGAUUUAUUUUUUAAUUUUGUGAAAUAAGACUGUUUAUUUUUUUUUUGUUCUUUACUGAUUUCAGGGUUUGUUUUGUAUUUUGUUGUUGUUGUUGUUGUUUUUUUUUUAAGAACCACAUGGUAUUGCCCAAAGCUGUGCAGAUAUGUACAUAGGUCUGUAUGAGCGUCCAUGGAUGCAUAUUUGUGUUCUUUUUUUAACAUGUAAAUGCAGUCAUUUUAAUUGUCUUUCAUAUUCUAUGAAAUGUGCUGGAAUCAACUACAUUUUAAUAGCUUCAUUUGUUGCUGCAUUUGACCAAGCCAGUUUAAUGUGGUUUUGUAUAUUAUAGAGCUUUGCCUCCUCUUUGCUUCAUUCCAUUUGCAUUGCAUUCCUCCUGUUAAUUACUGGAAUUAGCGUUAUAACCUGCUCACGUGUAACUUGAGAAAAAAAGAUUAUCUGGUGUGAAAUAAGAUCAGGUGUCAUGACACUUACAAAAUCAUAAAUAUAGACAGUAAUUUUUUUUUAAUAGUCUACUUUCUGAUUUCAGUAUUGAAAUAUAGAACUAUUCAUGGCUUUGAAAAAUGGUGAGUUGUGCACAUGCUUGCUUGGAACAUCUUUUAUCUUUUUUAACUUAGAUAUGUGAGGGCAGUAAAUGAGUGUCCAGCCCGUUAUCUUGGAAGCUUGGCAGAAAUGAUUGUUGCUGAUUUACAUGUUUCUUAUGAGUCCCAUUAUACAGUUCAUAUCAUUUCUCUUGUCAAAUGUAUGAAGGCCAAUAAUCAAAAUUGUAUCGACCACAAAUUUGUCAUAACCUUUGUAUUGAUCUCUACCUCUGUCUUCCAUGACAUCUGUUAUCUCCCCUUGUCUUUACACUCUGAGAACAUUACUUAUGUUUUCAUUUACAUAACAGGGACAUUCAGAUGUUAUCACUUUCCAUAUCUUCAAGCAAAACAAAAUUUUUUUCCCGUUGAAAGCAGCUAGACAGAGGUGAUGUAAUUGCCACAUUUAUUGUAAGGUGUAUUCAAGAUGUGUACAGUGUAUGCCAUACAUUGAUUAAACCAGUGCUGUUCA